AUGCCUGUUGUCCCGACAUACUUUCAGAAAGAAAUGCCUGCCGUGUCUCUCCUAAGCGAGGCGCCCACUGCGACGUUGCCGAUACGAAAGCACAAGUUCCCGUCGCCUACACUCCGCCUGUUCUUACAUGACAUUGCUCAUGAAGGAAGCUCCAUCUUCCUGUCAAACAUCAAAGGCAAUGAGGACGUCGAAGCCCAGGUCCAGAAUGUCCUGAAUCUAUUGUACUCCUCAGAAUGUGAAAGACCCGGCACCCGCUCAGUAACCAUCGUCCUCCGCUCAAUGAACGGCGUCGCCUACACCACGGGAAUCGACCUCGACCACGAUCACAAGGAGCUCCACAUCAACCUCGACUACAUCGCCAAGACAGGCUCUCCCAAGCGUCAUGAAGUCCUUGGAGUUAUUUGCCACGAGCUUGUACACUGCUUUCAGUGGGCCGCCAACGGGACAUGCCCGGGAGGUCUGAUUGAAGGGAUCGCUGACUGGGUACGGUUACGAGCUGGCCUGGCUGCGAAGCACUGGAAGCAGGAGGCGGAGGGGAAGUGGGAUGGUGGGUAUCAGCAUACUGGGUACUUCCUUGAGUAUCUCGAGCAGCGAUUCGGAGAGGGCACAGUCCGAAGGAUCAACGGGUGUCUACGAGGCAAAGACUACGACGAGAAGAGGCUGUUCGGCGACUGCUGCGGCGGGCACAAGGUCGAAGAUCUUUGGAAGGAGUACGGCGAAGAGCUUAAAGAGAAAGAGAGGACGAAAGCAGAUGAUGGGGAGGCGCCGGAGCCUAUACCGACACAUGCUGCUCAACCGUGA